GCGCUUGACGACGGGCCUUCUCUGCCUAGCAAUAUCUUCGCGCUCGGCGGCCGCCUUGUAGUGAACGGCGCCGCGCUUGACGGCCGUCCUCGACAACGGCCCUGCUUAGCGACGGCGUCGCGCUUGACGGCCGAGGGUUUUGCGACCCUUUCUGCAGCCGCUGGGCUUCCCUCAGGGGGCCCUUUGGGGGGGUUUACGGGGGUUAUGGCCGCCCCGUGGGAUGUGACGGAGCACCAUGGGCCUUGUAGUGGCUUCUGUGGCUCCAGCGAGAAGGGGGAGCUGCAACCUGAAGCGGCUUUGAGUCGUGUUUGGCUUCAGCCGGGCAGAAAUGCCGCUGGAACCGCUCUCUCUUCCCCUCCCCCGACUCUGUUUUGAAGGGAAAAAAGAUUCAGUUGCUUGCGAAGGACGCUCCCUGCUGAAGAGCUUCGUCACAGCUGCCGCCCGGCGGGAAGAAUCAAUCCACGUUCUCAGCUUUGAUCUCCCAGAGUCGGAAUUCAAGGCUGGGCUAAGCACUGACGUGACCUCCCGGAUAUCGUUCCACGAUGCUUUCCCAGAUCCCCUGGGCUGGUCCGGGAGAGGCAGCGGCCUGACCGUGGGAGAAUUCUCCGCCUCGGAAUUGGCAUCCCGCCUGGCCACAACCUCCCAGGGAUCCGCCACGCUCGUUCUGGAUUCCCUCAGCUGGCUGCUACUCCGCUUUCCCUUUCCCUCUGUCUGUCAGGUGUUGGCACAGCUGCCGAGGAGAGCUAAUGUGGUUGGGCUGAAAAUUGUCCGCAUCGUGGCGCUCGUCCAUGGGGAUUUGCACCCGCCUGCCCAGCUGGACGUGUUGAAGACGCUGGCACGCCUGGUGGUGACCCUGCAGCCGGGACCGGGGUGCGGACGAGGUGGGGAUGGGACCCCCCGAACUGCUGUGGUCCUCCAUAGAAAGAGGGGGAGCAGGCUUCUGCAGAAGACAGAACUCUUCAGCAUCCUCCCGGGGUUUGGGUUCAAAUUCCUCGGCGAGCCCCCACCAAAAGGCGUUUCCAGAGAGGACGAGGCGGAGGAAGGACGGGGUCCCGCCACGGUUGAUCCGACGGCCCGCCUGACCUUCAACCUGCGUCUCACGGAGGCUGAGCGCCAAGCCAGAGAAUCGGUGCCUCUCCCGUACCAGUUCAGCGAGGAAAAGAAGUCCUCUCUGCUACAAACAUCGACGGAGGAAGGCAAAAUCUACUACGAACCGGACGCCGCCGAUGACUUUGACGAUGAAGAUCCCGAUGACGACUUGGACGUCUGAAAGCGAAACGGGGGGAAGUUGUUCCAGAUCUGGAACUGGAAUCCUGCCACGAGCUGCUUUCCUCGGCAACUUGGGAAUGAUGGAGGGGAG